UUCCUCUCAGCAUUCUAUCAUCAACUCGAUCACGUUAUCAUUUCAACAAUGGCUUCGUUUACUCACUUAGUUCUUUUCUGCACUCUUCUCAUAACCACCGCAGUAGCUGAAACACCAUCGUUUCGCCCCAAGGCUUUACUUCUCCCAGUAACCAAAGAUUCUUCCACCAAACAAUACCUUACCCAAAUAAACCAAAGGACUCCUCUAGUCCCAGUGAAACUCACCAUAGAUCUCGGCGGCGGGUUUCUUUGGGUUGACUGCGAAAAGGGUUAUGUCUCUUCAACUUACAAGCCGGCUCGAUGCCGUUCGGCUCAGUGCCACCUCGCAGGAUCAAAGUCCUGCGGCGAGUGCUUUGACGGACCAAAACCAGGCUGCAACAACAACACUUGUGGUCUCUUCCCUUACAACCCUUUCAUCCGUACAAGCACAAGUGGCGAAUUAGCACAAGACUUUAUCUCAAUCCAAUCCACAAACGGCUCCAAUCCCAGUAAAGUUGUUUCAAUUCCUAACGUUAUUUUCACUUGUGGCUCUACAUUCCUCUUAGAAGGCCUCGCUUCCAGUGUCACCGGAAUCGCUGGUCUUGGAAGGAAGAAGAUCGCUCUUCCUUCCCAGUUCGCUGCGGCUUUCAGCUUUAAAAGAAAAUUCGCUCUGUGUUUAAGCUCCAAUGGGGUCGUAUUUUUCGGGGACGGACCUUAUAUCAUGCUUCCUAAUAAGGAUGUGUCUCAAAAUCUUAUCUACACACCGCUCAUCCUAAACCCUGUCAGCACUGCGGGAGCUUCUUUCGAAGGUGAACCAUCAGCCGACUAUUUCAUCGGCGUUAAGGGGAUCAAAAUCAAUGGCAAGGACGUUAAGUUAAACACUUCGUUGCUCUCUAUUGCUAAAGACGGUACUGGUGGAACUAAGAUUAGUACUGUUCAGCCCUAUACGUCGUUGGAAACUUCCAUCUACAAAGCCGUAAUUGGUGCUUUUGGCAAAGCGGUAGCUAAUGUCCCGAGAGUGAACGCUGUGGCGCCUUUUGAGCUAUGCUUUAACUCUUCCAGUUUCGGCAGCACACGAGUGGGGCCUGGCGUGCCUCAGAUCGAUUUGGUGUUGCCCAACAACAAAUUGUGGACCAUUUUUGGUGCCAACUCAAUGGUUCAGGUUAGUGACAAUGUGUUGUGCCUUGGAUUCGUUGACGGUGGUCCACUUCAUUUUGUUGACUGGGGUAUUCCGUUCACCCCAACUGCUAUUGUGAUUGGAGGGCAUCAAAUUGAGGACAACCUGCUUCAGUUUGAUUUGGCUUCUUCAACGCUUGGUUUCAGCUCAUCUCUUUUGUUUAGGCAAACAACUUGCUCAAAUUUCAACUUCACAUCCAUUGCAUAAAUGGGAAAUAAUCGAGUGAACUGAUAUAAGUGUCUAUUUGUAUUUUUUUUUUUAUUAAGUUGUAGCUGGUUUACUGUAUUACAUAUCUUGUGUUGAUAAUUUUUUUGGAAAAUUCUUGUGUUGAUAAUUAAGUUUGCAUAUAUACUGCUUUUACAUGAGCAUCAAUAAGUGUAAUAAUGUACACGUUAAACAUGGCUUGUCAAUGGCUACUUGUAAUAUAAUAUAAUAUUGUAUUGGUAAUGAGUAUUGUUAUAAACUA